AUGCCUCAGUCACCGCCGCAUAGCUGGCGCCAACCUCUGCUUGGGCGAGGAGGUCAAGGGCCUGUCCGCAGAGUGCUCGCCGCUGCCACCUGGCCCGCCAAGGACUCUAAGCCCAAGGACCUGUCUGACACCAGCUGGAUACAGACGCCCUCCUCCAUGAAAUCCUUCGACUUGAGCGACUCUGGGAUUUACGGGCAGGCCAAAAGGAGGCAGAUCGUGCCCACCAACAUGCCCGUGUCCGAGACCUCAUCCCCACUCAAGAGCGAGGUGCUGGCUCAGUGGGACUGCGAGAACUGUGCCAAGGACACAGGCGACUACUAUGGCUUCUACUCGCACAGCUAG